UGCAGGGAUGCCCAUCUGGGAGGUAGGCAACUGAAUGGCGGGCAUGGAAGGGAGAGGACCCUACCGCAUCUACGACCCCGGUGGGGGGACGGAGGAGAAUGGAUCCACAGCCUUUGAGCGGCUGGUGGAGGAGAAUACUCGGCUGAAGGAGAAGAUGCAGGGGAUCAAGUCUAUCGGAGAGCUGCUGGGGGAGUCUCAGGUGGAGGCAUCCAAGCUGCGGCAGAAGGCAGAGGACCUUGUGAAGGACAAGAAAAUGCUGAUGGCCUCUUCCUUGGAGGACCUGGUGGAAACUGGAGCCGUCGGCCCUGAUCCCAGCUCCACACAGGCUGCCCCGGGUAGCGCCCAGCCAGACACGGAAGCACGGAAAUCUCCUCCAAGUGGAUCCUCCUCGGAGUUCGAGAUUGUCACUGUCGAAGCACAGGGGUUUCCCCAGGAGAGCGGGAGAGCGGACUUGGAGCAGCUGCCGAAUGAGGAUGCCAACCUGCUGCCCCAGCUGCAGCAGCUGGAGAGCACACUGAGCGGCUGUGCCAAGGAGGCCAGCAAGGACCAGGUCUUCGUGCGCAUGGGCUACAUGGCCUCUGAGCUCAAGCGCCUGGCCUCUAAGGUGCACAAGAACGAGCAGAGAACUUCAUUCCUGCAGACGCUGUGUGAGACGCUGCACAGUGAGAACAAGGAGCUGCGAACCAAGCUGGAGCGGGACCUGGAGCAGAGAAACCAGGCGCUGGAGAAGCUCAGGUGCGAGAACCAGGAGCUCCGGAGGAUGGUGACACUGAGCAGCCAGGACAGUGGGAAGAGGGAAGCUGCCGAGCAGCAGCAGCAGAGCGGGGCCGUGGUGGAGAAGGCGCCAGGCAGAGGAGAGCUGGAGGCCAAGGAGAAGAAGGUGAAGAUCCUGGAGCACCAGCGCAGGGAGCUGCUGGAGGUGAAUAAGCAAUGGGAUCAGCACUUCCGAGCCACAAAGCAGAAGUAUGAGCAGAAGGUCACAGACUUGCACCAGGAGCUGGCUGAAGCCCGCAGGGCACUGAGCGAGCUGGAGUCGGAGCGGGAGCAAAAGCAACGGGAUUUCGACCGCAAGCUGCUCCUGGCCAAGUCCCGGAUUGAAACAGAGGAGGCGGAGAAGGAGAGGCUGGCCAUGGAGCUGAGAGACCUGCAGCAGAGGAUGCGGUUCCUGCAGGAGCAGCUGGCUCCGGUCACCAGGCAGCGGGAGUACCAGGAGAAGGAGAUCCAGAGACUGAACAAGGCACUAGAGGAGGCCCUGAACGUCCAGGCCUCCCCGCCACCCAUCUUUGCCAGCACCAUGGAGCCGGCAGGGAAGGUGCCACAGCAGGAGCUGCUGACCCAGAACGAGCUUCUCAAGCAGCAGGUGAAAAUUUUCGAGGAGGACUUCCAGCGGGAGCGGAGUGACAGGGAGAGGAUGAAUGAGGAGAAGGAAGAGCUGAAGCAGCAGCUGGAGAAGCUGCAGAAGCAGCUGGUCCUCUCCAGCAACCAGGUGAGCAGCGCCGGGUGUCACCAGCAGGACCCUGGGAGCCCCAUGGCUCUCCCCAGCAUCUCCCCCGGCUCCUGGCAGGCUUCUGGAGAGAGGCUGCACCCUGAGCCACUGCCGGGGCCACUGGGCCCUGCCUGCCCCAUGUACCAGUACCAGUACAGUUCCCCCAUGGCUCACCCCAUGUACCACGGUUUCGACGAGUGGCAGCAGAGCCGAUACCCACCAGCAAUGCCAGGCGAGCACACGCCGGGACAAAACUUUCACCAUUUUCCCCCGCCCGAGUACCCCUGGCGCCCGCCCUGCGCCAUGGCUCGCAGCCAGAACGCUCAGGCAGUGGCCGGGGUGAAACCGGUCCCCAAGGACUUGGAACAGGCAGGUCCCGGAUUGCCCUAACGCCAAGGACCGGCUGCGCUGCAAUACUGGCAGAAGAGGAGUAGGGUGUGUGUGUGUGCCCGUGUGUAUAUAUCUAGGAGCUUCCUCCGGCUGCCUAUCCCCGUGCGUGGACAUGCAGUGGACGUGGCCGCACCCGUGGCCUGGAGUGGCUCAGCAGUGCAUCCCCUCGAGGAAAGUGUGAAGGAGGGACCGAAGGUGCCGUCAUGGUGGUGGCCAACGCAGGGUCAGUCCCCUGCGGCCAUCCCCUUCCCUACGAGGUGUCAGGCCUGGCAUCGCUGUAGACCCGAGCCAGGACUUCAGGGAAGAGGAGCUGGGAUUUCCCGGGAGCGUGCCAGGAGCUGCCCCGGUCCAGGGGCUUCGGUUCAGCCCCUGGAGGAGCGGGUGACGGCAGGGACUCUCCUGGCGGUGGGAGAUACCGUGCUCGCAGGCAGGUGCCUGCCGCCGCCACGGCCCGGGCUGAGGGUGGUUGAUGUCUUUGUAUUUAUUUAAGGACUGAAGC